AUGGCAUCCGAAGAUCGAGACGAGGCGUACGAGGAGAAGAAUGUACACCAGGUGUACCAGCAGAUCGCGAAACAUUUUUCAGCGACGAGAUACAAGCCAUGGCCGAUUGUGGAACGCUUCCUCCAAGAGCAGAGCUCUGGCGCAGUCGGGCUAGAUGUAGGAUGCGGCAAUGGCAAGUAUCUGCCUGUAAAUAAGAGCGUCUAUAUUGUGGCAUCUGACCGAUCCGAAAACCUCGCGCGGGUUGCCCGCCAACAUGAACCACACUCGACAAUCCUGGCAGACAUAUUGAACCUGCCACAUCCAGACUCAUUUUUUGACUUUGCCAUCUCAAUUGCCGUUGUGCAUCACCUAUCUACCCCAGAAAGGAGAGUCCAAGCGAUUCAUGAGAUUCUGCGCACGCUGAAACCUCCCUCUGGCGAUAGCCCAGGUGGCAAGGCGUUGGUCUAUGUCUGGGCUCUCGAGCAAAAGACUAGCCGCAGAGGCUGGGACAAAGGAGAUGACCAGGACAUCAUGGUACCCUGGGUUCUGAAAACCCCCAAUCCCGGGAACCCCGACGCCGAACCAAAGGUAUUCCAUCGAUACUAUCAUCUGUAUCAGACGGAGGAGCUGGAGCGGGACGUUGUGAGCGCGGGCGGCCAUGUGCUGGAGUCCGGAUACGAUAGAGACAACUGGUGGGCGAUCGCGAGUCGAGUAGACCAGGAAAAAUGA